AUGCCCAUUCAAUGCCCCCAUCGAGAGGAAACCUCAGCCCUUCAUACGCCUAUUGCUCACCACCUCGUUCUCAUAAGUCUCUCUCGCAUCGCAAGCUUGAACUUCGAUGCCGGUCGUGGAUCUGAUCGAUCAUGGAUUCGGGCAGCCAUAUCUCCCGCGUUUCUACUAGGGAAAGUUUUUAAUCACACCAUCCCGGUACCCAAACUCGCUGCCAGUGAUGAAGAAGUCGCAGCUGGGCUUGCAGAAGAGACAGAACUUGAUACUGCAGAUGUAGCAGUAUGUGUCGCGCUGUUUGAUGUCAUGGAAAUAGAAGCCGAUGUGGCCGACGAUAAUGUCGCACUUGCUUCAGCUUCGAAGGAGCUAAUGAUUGAUUCAUAA